AGGACCCCUCUUGCCCUCGGAGAAACCAGGAAGGGAGUCGCGAGCAUCAUACGGGGCUUUGGCUGUACUGUACAGUUACUGUAGGGGCAGUGACGCCGCCGCCGCCGCCGGAGCGAGGGAGCGACGAGGGGAGAGCGCGAGAGGCGGAGAGCGAGAGACGCGGACCCCGGAGGCAAGCGGCCGAGGAGCCCAGUCCCAACUCCGGGCCCCGGCCCCUCGCGCCCCGGCCCGGCCCGGCCCCGGCCCGGCCGCGCGAGGUCUCGGCGCGGAAGAUGGCCGGCGGCGUGGAUGGCCCCAUCGGGAUCCCGUUUCCUGACCACAGCAGCGACAUCCUGAGCGGACUCAACGAGCAGCGGACGCAGGGCCUGCUGUGCGACGUGGUGAUCCUGGUGGAGGGCCGAGAGUUCCCCACGCACCGCUCUGUGCUGGCCGCCUGCAGCCAGUACUUCAAGAAGCUGUUCACGUCGGGCGCCGUGGUGGACCAGCAGAACGUGUACGAGAUCGACUUCGUCAGUGCCGAGGCGCUCACGGCCCUCAUGGACUUCGCCUACACGGCCACGCUCACCGUCAGCACGGCCAACGUGGGCGACAUCCUCAGCGCCGCCCGCCUGCUCGAGAUCCCCGCCGUGAGCCAUGUCUGCGCCGACCUCCUUGACCGGCAGAUCCUGGCGGCCGACGCGGGCGCCGACGCCGGGCAACUGGACCUCGUAGAUCAGACCGACCAGCGGAACCUCCUCCGGGCCAAGGAGUACCUCGAGUUCUUCCAGAGCAACCCCAUGAACAGCCUGCCCCCUGCCGCCGCCGCCGCCGCCGCCGCCUUCCCCUGGUCUGCCUUUGGCGCGUCCGAUGACGACCUGGAUGCCACCAAGGAGGCCGUGGCCGCGGCCGUGGCCGCCGUGGCCGCCGGCGACUGCAACGGCUUGGACUUCUACGGACCGGGACCGCCGGCCGAUCGGCCCUCGGCCGGGGAUGGGGACGAGGGCGACAGCAACCCAGGUCUAUGGCCAGAGCGGGACGAGGACGCCCCAGCCGGGGGCCUCUUCCCGCCCCCUGUGGCCCCGCCGGCCACUGCCACGCAGAAUGGCCACUACGGCCGGGGUGGGGAGGAGGAGGCAGCCUCGCUGUCGGAGGCAGCCCCCGAGCCGGGCGACUCUCCGGGCUUCCUGUCGGGUGCGGCCGAGGAUGGGGACGGGGACGGGCCCGACGCGGACGGGCUGGCGGCCAGCACGCUGCUGCAGCAGAUGAUGUCAUCGGUGGGCCGGGCGGGGGCGGCGGCGGCGGGGGACAGUGACGACGAGUCGCGGGCAGACGACAAGGGCGUCGUGGACUACUACCUGAAGUACUUCAGCGGCGCCCACGAUGGGGAUGUUUACCCGGCCUGGUCACAGAAGGUGGAAAAGAAGAUCCGGGCCAAGGCUUUCCAGAAGUGCCCCAUCUGCGAGAAGGUCAUCCAGGGCGCCGGCAAGCUGCCGCGGCACAUCCGGACCCACACCGGGGAGAAGCCCUAUGAGUGCAACAUCUGCAAGGUCCGCUUCACCAGGCAGGACAAGCUCAAGGUGCACAUGAGGAAGCACACGGGCGAGAAGCCGUACCUGUGCCAGCAGUGCGGGGCGGCCUUCGCGCACAACUACGACCUGAAGAACCACAUGCGCGUGCACACGGGCCUGCGCCCCUACCAGUGUGACAGCUGCUGUAAGACCUUCGUCCGCUCCGACCACCUGCACAGACACCUCAAGAAGGACGGCUGCAACGGCGUGCCCUCGCGCCGUGGCCGCAAGCCCCGCGUGCGGGGCGGGGGGCUCGGGGGGCCCGACCCCUCCCCGGGGGCCGCCGCCCCGCCCGGCGCCCCGGCCCCGCCCGGCUCCCCCGACGCCCGGCGCAACGGCCAGGAGAAGCACUUUAAGGACGAGGAGGAGGACGAGGAGGCGGCCAGCCCCGACGGCCUGAGCAGGUUGAAUGUAGCGGGCGCCGGCGGAGGGGGAGGCGACGGGGGCGCCGGGCCCACCGCCGAUGGCAGCUUCGCGGCCGGACUUGCCUGAAAACCAAAAAGAGAAAACAGAAAACCGAGAGAGAGAGAGAGAGAGAGAGAGAGACAGAGAGAAAAUCACCCACCACCCCCCAAAAA